CCGUGAUUGUUUAUGCGCACGCUGCCGCCGCGUCGAUCGAGUAGAUGUAUUUUGAAUUUCGAUCCUUUGUCUCUAAAAUAAAUUUAUUCCGGUCGGGUUAAACGCGGAAAUAGCAAAAAACGUGUAUUCUCAUUGAUUUUUCGUUUCAUCUCGUCCGGAAUGUCGCCGCAAAAUUGUAUUAGCAUAAAUUAAAAAAAAAACGCGCGCGAAACUUCGGUUAGAAAACCGGAUUUCUAUCGUUGGAACGGGAAAAACGCGCAAUUCACGUUUGCCACCCUGAGCCACAUGUUGAUUACGGUGUGUGAUAACCGCUGUUGUUGUUUGUACCCGUCCCCGUCGCCACCGCCACCGACCGUGUUGGAGGACACUCCCAGUUUUGUUGUCUUUUUCAAAACUUGAAAUUUCAGUUCGCGUUUUGAUGUACCAGUGAUUUCUAUGGCCAAGUCCAGGAACGGUCUGACGGCCGUUGGCCUGUCGGUUUUGGGAGCGUUUUUGGUCCUGUUGGCGUUCACGACGAAAAGUUGGUUGGUCACGGAUGGAAAAUUAGAGCACCCGAAAUUCGAAAGGAUCGGUCUGUGGGUAGUAUGUUUUAAAGAAUUUGAGGACACUCAUCACUGGUACGACACAAGAUUCCAUAGUUGUUGGUGGGUGUUUGAAGAAGAAUAUUAUAUUAUCUAUGAUAUUUUAUUCAAAGGUUUUUAUAUUGCUACUCAAUUUUGGUUCUCAGCUUGUGUUCUCUUAACAGUGUGUGGUUUAUUCUACACUACACUUUAUAUGUAUCUAAAUAGAGCUUAUGAACGCUAUGUUCAAAUUCUAUUUACAGCUGGAAUACUUUACAUAGCUGCUGCGAUAUGCAGUACUAUUGCUCUCAUAAUAUUUGGAAUAGAUGGAGAUAGUAGAGUAUGGAUGCCACAUUGGGAACACAAUGAUAUAGGAUGGAGCUAUGGAGUAGCAGUCGCAGGAACUAUUGCCCUUUAUGUCAGUGGAGUGUUAUAUGUAAUAGAGGGACGGGCACACAAGAUUAAACGUCAAAAAAUGGCUACCCAGAGGGCCAAUUACAACUAUGAUGCAGAUGACUUAAAACAAUCGUCUCACACUGACAUAUAAAUUUUCAAAUUUUAUUUUCAAAACUCCAGUAGCAGCAACUGCACUUUUUCAUUAAUUUAUUCUUAAUGAAUAUGUAUGGUGAGCACUUCUUAAACAUAGACUCGUUGACUUUCUUCAAAUGUCUGCACGAACUAUUCACUUUGCUUAGAAAACAUUUGGUAUUUGUUUUGGAUAACAAAUAUUAUUAAGUAUAGUAUGAAUGAGCACUUAUGGAUUUUUAUUCUUAAGAAUGGCUUUUUAAAAACAAUUUAUUACUUGGUCAUUUAUAGAAUUAUUGACAAACUGUAAUAAAUUAUUUAUUGAUCUUAUUUUGAAUUUAAUGUGCAAUUGAUUAUGGAUAAGUAUUUACAACUUUUAACUACAAGAAUCUCAAGUAUUUGAUUUAAAAUCUACGCAUUUUAAUAAUAAUUAUUCUUUAAGAAAUAAUUGAUUUUUAAUUGUUCGUACGACUAAAUAUAAUAAUUGAGAAUUUUGUAUAAAAAAAAUUGAUAUAAGGUAAUUAAUGUAUAUUUUUUGUAGUUAGAUUAACAAUUAUCCGUCCAUUUAAUUAUAAGUUAAUUUUAGUAACUAAUGCUACACAAUUGCAGCAAAAUGUUUAACAAUACUUUUACAUUUUUUAUAUUCAUAUUAGCAUUGAUUAUAUAUAGUUUUACUCUAUAUAAUCAAUGAUAUUAGGUAACUGUAUUUUUUAUACUAUUUUGUUAAAUAUUCCUUAAAGUUGUUAUGGACUAAAAUUGUAAUACGUAAAAAAAAUUAUCCUGUGAUUGCAUAAUUAUUGUUUAUAUAAAGGUUUAAGUUGUUCUGAUUGAAUACUCUUCACAAUUAGAUUUUAUAAUUGUUUAAAAAUGAAACAAUGUCAUCUGUUUAGUAGAGUAAUUCUAUGAAUGAAUAAAUGCCGUCCAUUUUUUUUUUUGUUUUAUGAAUUAUUAUAUGUUUAAUUAAUGUUAUAAACUGGUGAAUUAAGUACUAGAUCUGAAUUAAAAAGAAAAUAGAAAACUUAGAAUUCAUCUGAUAUGAUAUUUAAUUGUCUUACCAAUCUUACCAUGUAAAAAUAAUAAUAGGUUGGAAUUUUUUUUCAAAAUUGAACAAUGUAAUUUUUUUUAAUUUUAAGCUUUUCCUUGUUACUGAUUAGUAUUCUAUGUAUAAAUUCGAGAAUUAUGAUUGUCAUACUCCUCAUACCAAGAGUUACAUAUCGUUUGCUUUAUUAUUAAUUUUACAGCUUUUUUUAAAAUUUAUUUAUUUAUAUUUUAUAAAACGUAUCAACCGAAUUGAAAACAAAUAUACAUAUAUAUUUUUAUACAAA